AUGCCACGGCCUCCUAACUAUUCCCGGGAUUUAGGCCACUUCCCAGGUUUGCCGAACCAGCCCAAGCGCCCAAAAACACCACAGGAUUGCCUUCCCAACCAUCCUGAUAGGUUGGUUCGCUACUGCGUGGAGGUGGUGUUGAAUCAGGUGACCUUCAAAGACCUAAUUACUGUUGUCGAUACCCUUCAAAUUCUUCAAUCAACCAUUUCAAAAGGCCCGAGUACCCUCUUAUUUCUUCCGAGUAUUGGUAUAUCCUCCUGUCAGCUAGGUGGAGAUGCCGGUAAUCAGGAAUUCGUUCUGAUAGUACUGGUCAUCAUACUGGUACUAGUGUUUGCUCAAACCACCAGCAUCGGCCUGAUUUGGCGUCCUUCCACCUUUCUAUCACAACCUGAUUUUACAAGGGCGCAUGUGAUCGAUUGCCGAAUAUAUGGCUUCAAAAUUCAGUUCUGGAAAGUUUAG